AGGGGAAAACAAACAAAAUCCUGACUGAGGUUGUCAUAAUUCAUGCAUGAAAAGGGUUAAAUUAUAUUUAUAGCCUAUUAUAUACCCCAAACACUACUUUAGGUCUGUGGCAUUUUAAAUUGAGGGUCUCUUUAAAGAUGGUUCAGCCCCUCCAUCACAUUCUCGUAUGCUCAUAGUGGAAGUGAGUUCAUGUGGUUAGUUUCUCUUCACACAUCUGUCGGAACCGCCCGCUCGAGACCAGCGCAACUUCUUUCCGAUAAUGGACAUUUUUCUCCGCGAGAAAGAUUGUCAACCUUUGCCAGGACAGCUGGAAACAGCGCUGCGCACGUUCUGCUUUCUGAAUACUGUAUUAUAAAGAAGACUUUGACCGUUCCCAUAAUGGAGCUAUAUUGUGUCUGCUCGAGGACUUUCCCCGUGUAAUCUUAGAGAUGUCAUUGUGAGGAGAGACUAUGUGUUCUUCAGGAUGGGUGCAAACAAUGGCAAACAGUAUGGAAGUGAAGGCAAGGGUAGUUCCAGUCUCUCCUCCGAUGUGAGCUCCAGCACUGAUCAUACACCCACCAAAGCUCCCAAGAAUGUGGCAACCAGUGAAGAUUCAGACCUGAGCAUGAGGACACUUAGUACUCCCAGUCCCGCCCUCCUUCUGAACCCAAACCCUUCCUGUGUGUCCCCUCAAACCGUCCCCAAUGGCCAUGAAACGUCUUCCACUUCCUUUAAUGUCCCGGGGGAAACAGUCGCUAUGGUUCACCCACCUCCAGGCAUUCGCUCACGGCCUUUAAAAGUCCCUCACACCGCCCUCAUUGAUAUCCUGCCCGAUCCCGUUUUACUGCACGUCCUGUCUUACCUGUCCACCCCUCAGCUGUGCCGCUGCGCUCGAGUGUGUCGCCGCUGGUAUAACCUGGCCUGGGACCCACGGCUCUGGAGUAGCAUUCGUCUAACUGGAGAGCUGCUGAACGCUGACCGGGCCCUCAAAGUGCUCACUCAUCGGUUAUGUCAGGACACUCCCAAUGUCUGUCUGACCCUGGAGACGGUCGUGGCCAGUGGCUGCCGGAGGCUGUCUGAUCGCGGGCUACAUGUGAUAGCACAGUGCUGUCCAGAACUGCGGUGUUUGGAGGUUGCAGGCUGCUAUAAUGUGUCCAAUGAUGCAGUGUUUGAUGUGGUAUCCAAGUGUCCCAAUCUGGAGCAUUUAGACGUAUCAGGCUGCCCUAAAGUGACCUGUAUCAGCCUGACAGAGGAGGCAUCUCUCCAGCUUACACCACUACAUGGACAGCAGAUUGGCCUGCGAUACCUGGACAUGACGGACUGUGUAUCACUAGAGGAUGAAGGCUUAAGGACCAUUGCAUUUCAUUGUCCACGCCUCACACACCUCUACCUGCGGCGCUGCAGCCGCCUAACAGAUGAGUCCCUAAGACAACUAGCACUGCGCUGCACCGCUUUACGUGAGCUUAGCCUUAGCGAUUGCCAUCUGGUGGGAGACUUUGGCUUGCGUGAGGUGGCUCGUCUGGAGGGCCGCCUACGCUAUCUAAGUGUAGCACAUUGUAUGCGCAUAACAGACGUUGGACUGCGUUAUGUAGCACGUUACUGUCCGCGGCUCCGCUACCUGAAUGCGCGGGGCUGCGAGGGGCUAACGGACCAGGGUUUGAGCCAUUUAGCUCGCAACUGCCCCCGACUGCGGUCUGUUGAUGUUGGUCGCUGCCCGCUGGUGUCAGACGCUGGGCUGGAAGUGUUAGCACGCUGUUGUGAAGGGCUACGAAGGCUGAGUUUGAGGGGCUGUGAGAGUUUGACAGGGAGAGGGCUAAUGGCGCUAGCAGCGGGAUGCCCCGAGCUGCAGUUACUAAACGUACAAGAGUGCGAUGUGCCACCUGAGGCGCUUCGACUAGUCCGACAGCACUGCAGACGCUGUGUGAUCGAGCACACCAUACCUGCUUUCUACUGAGGGGACAGGUUGGGGACACAAGGGGUAUUGACCUCUGAAAAACAGAUGUUUAUAUUUUGUGCAUUCCUACGACUGCCUGAGAAGAUGCAACAUGGUGGAUGUGUCUCAAAACCUAGUGCAGGGGUGCUCAGUCCUGAUCUUGGAGAGCCACUGUCCUGCAGAGUUUAGCUCAAAGACCUUCAUUGGCUGGUUCAAAUGUGUUUAAUUGAGGAUGAAGCUAAAAUUUGCAGGGCAGGAUUGGACGCCCUUGGCCUAGUGAGUCGAUUCGAUGUCUACUGCAGUGUUUCUCUACCCUGUUCCUGGAGGCACACCAACAGUAUUCAUUUAGGAUGUCUACCUUAUUUGACCCAUCCAUUUCAGGUUUAGGAGUCUCUAAUGAGCUGUUGAGUUGAAUCAGGUGUGUUUGAUUAGGAAGAAUUUGAAAAUGUAUAUUGUGUCUCCAGGAACAGGCUUGGGAAACACUGGUUUCUGCAUUCUGCAGGGGUUCUGAACUCUGGCCUUCGAGAGACACUUUCCUGCAGAGUUUAGCUCCAACUCUAAACCUAAUUAAACCCAUCUGAACCAGGUCUUCAGGAUUACUGGGAAUUUCUGGGCAAGCAUGUUGCAGCAGUUUGGAACUAAAGGCCUGCAGGAUGGAGGCCUUCUAAGACUAGUUUUGACAUUAACAUCUUAAAGCAAAAUUGUAACUGAUUUGAGAUGGCCUUCAUAGACAACAACAUCAGUAACAGUUAUGUGUCAAGCAAAUAAUGCUCUGCACAUUAGACUCAACACUCACAAUUUUGACAUUUAUAGGCAGUUCCUUUUUGAGGUUUUGAGACACAUCGGGUGAGUCAUUUUGCUUCUUACAGAGCUGUACCAUUUGCCAAUUAAAGAACUAUAUGACAUAUAUCAUAAUAUUUAUCACAUGAAAAAGAUGGAUUAUUGCUACUGUAACAACAGUAAUCUGGUGUUUUACUAGGUGUCUGAAAGAUGUUUGUUUAGGUUGAUUUAUGUUUUAUUUCUACAAAAGCUCUUUAGCUGGUUGUCUAUGUCUAGAGUUUGUCCAUUACAUGGUUACAUUUAAAACAUUUGAACUUUGAAUGAUAUACUGGUUGCUUUUUUCCACAGAAGUAAGAAAAGGGGCUUUCGCACUGGGUAGUUCUAGGAACUUAGUUCUUGGAACUAGCCACCAGGGUGGUUCCCCGGGAACUUAAAGUUCCCCUAGGGCCGUUUUCUGGCUGCAUUCGCACCAUCAGUAGGAACUAAGCAGUGACAUAAGCUGCGCUUGUUGUUGUUGUGACUUUUAUUUUGACAGGGCUGAGAACACCAGAGCCUUAUCACAUGGCGCUCACAUUCUGCAUCUUCAUUAGUUUACGAUUUGUUUAACAACCUAUCUAAUAUGUUAUUAGAUAGAACUGUUAUACAAAAAAAGACAGUAUAUGAAAAAGUAUUAGCGUUUGCCGUGUGGUUGGUGGUUGAUGUCCAAUGUCACUACCUGAGAAGAAAUACAUAAUCAUGUUUUGCCUGGUCCAAUGUUGCGUUGGAUUUUCUCCUUAACUCGAGAGGUCCAUCUAGCAUUGUCUUUCAUGUUUGUAGAGAUACACUAUAUUGCCAAAAGUAUUGGGACACCCCUCCAAAUCAUUGAAUUCAAGUGUUCCAAUCAGUUCCAUGGCCACAGG